AUGGAGUCAGGAAAUAAGAGUAAUCCCAAAUUAACAAGAGCUCUUUGCUAUGGAAAUGUUAGCAGUGAGCAGGAGAGGUCACCAUCUGUUAUUGUCAUUGGUGGUGGCAUGGCUGGGAUUGCAGCUGCACGAGCACUUCAAGAUGCUUCAAUUCAGGUUGUUCUUUUAGAAUCUAGGGAAAGACUUGGUGGCAGAAUUCACACGGAUUACUCAUUUGGCUUUCCUGUUGACCUGGGAGCAUCAUGGUUGCAUGGAGUUUCCAAAGAGAAUCCACUUGCUUCAGUGAUUGGGAGGCUUGGGCUACCCCUUUACCGGACUAGUGGGGAUAACUCCGUGCUCUAUGAUCAUGAUUUGGAAAGUUAUGCACUUUUUGAUAAGGAUGGGACUCAAGUUCCCCAGGAAUUGGUAACAAAAGUUGGUGAAGUGUUUGAGACAAUUUUACUUGAGACAAAUAAAGUAAGAAAUGAAUUCAUUAAAGACAUGUCCAUACAGCGCGGUCUUUCAAUUGUUUUUGAAAGGAAGCCAGAAUUAAGGCUGGAGGGGCUUGCCCAUAAGGUACUUCAGUGGUAUUUAUGCAGAAUGGAGGGCUGGUUUGCUGCUGAUUCUGAUACAAUUUCACUGAAUGGCUGGGACCAGGAAGUACUUCUCCCCGGUGGUCAUGGUCUUAUGGUCAGGGGCUACUUACCUGUUAUAAAUACCCUAGCCAAGGGUCUUGAUAUUCGCUUAGGGCACAGGGUCACAAAAGUUGUUCGGAGAUAUAACGGAGUAAAAGUGACAGUGGACAAUGGGAAAACAUUUAUUGCUGAUGCUGCUAUUAUUGCUGUCCCUCUUGGUGUCCUUAAAGCAAAUAGGAUAUCAUUUGAGCCAAAGCUCCCAGACUGGAAAGAAGCUGCCAUUGCUGAACUUGGAGUUGGACUCGAAAACAAAAUUAUUCUACAUUUUGAGAAUGUAUUUUGGCCUAAUGUAGAGUUCUUGGGAGUAGUUGCAGAAACAUCUUAUGGAUGUAGUUAUUUCCUCAAUCUCCACAAGGCUGCAAGUCAUCCUGUCCUUGUUUACAUGCCUUCUGGGCGGCUCGCCAAAGACAUUGAAAAAAUGUCUGAUGAAGCAGCUGCUAACUUUGCUUUCAUGCAACUCAAGAAGAUCCUUCCUGAAGCUUCUUCACCGAUUCAGUAUCUUGUGUCUAGGUGGGGCUCGGAUAUAAACUCACUAGGUUCAUAUAGCUAUGAUCAAGUAGGAAAACCACACGAACUGUACGAGAGGCUACGGGUUCCAGUAGAUAACCUUUUCUUUGCUGGGGAAGCAACAAGUAUGAGCUAUCCAGGGUCUGUCCAUGGUGCAUAUUCCACUGGAAUGAUGGCAGCUGAAGAUUGCAGGAUGCGUGUACUUGAGCGAUAUGGAGAAUUGGACUUGUUUCAGCCAGUAAUGGGAGAGAUGGCUUCCUUGACUAUCCCACUUCAGAUAUCUCGUAUGUAA